AUGGAGUGCUCCUGCUGUCCGGGCAACUAUGGCGUUGAGUAUGUAGUCGCACAGCCAUUCUACAUCCGACUGUUGGAGGCGCAACCGGCAAUCUAUGUCACGGCCAGCGUCCACGUCUACCACGACCGUACUCGUUGGUUGGGGCAGACUCGGGAGCGAGCCUGCGGGACCGCCAUCCCGGGCGCCACCGGCGCCACCUUCGCCUGCCCCGCCCCCGUCGGACUCUACAUCCCGGCUAAGCUUUUCCGGAGCAGGCAAGCCCCACUGGAAGGCGACAUAUUGCUGGAUCAUUCCCUCGCUCUGGACGAUCCCUCCUCAAUAAAAGACCCGCUCUUGUCCCGCGAAGACUCUUCCUCCCGUUAUAAGCCUUCCCAGAGUCCAACGGCUCAGACCCCAACGGAACUAAGAAAUCGCAUCGGCAACCGGAUCCGGCGAUUGCAGACUUUUCACGAGCCGACGAUUCUGCCGUUUUUUUCCCUCGAGUUUAAAAUCUACGCCCGGAACCCAGUGGGCUUGACUGUUCCGGUUGCGGUGGGUGAGUCCGAGCAGUAUCCUUUCGACAGCUUGCAAAGUCUCCCCGGUUGGGACCCCGUCACCCUCUACGACCUGACCCGUCCGGGGAGUGGAUUCGAACGCGGGGGUUCGGGGUCCGGAGCGCGGGAGAAGUCCAGUCCACGGGUAGCAGGCCGGUUGAGAUUUUCGUAUGGGCUAGCGCUCACUGAGCACCCCUGUCCGGCUCUGAAUUCCGUAUGCGCAGUACAUGUGUCGCACACCCACCGGUUGCCGCAUGAAUUGAAGACACCGCCGCCGCCACCUUGCCGCGCUCUCGACGCCGCAGCCGCGGAGGGUCUCGACGACGGGCUCUUCCCCACACCAGCGGACGCCAUCCGUGAAACCUUGCGGCGCCACUUGGCCCCGCCCGACCGGGGCGACCCGCUGCUCAUUUCGGAUGCGGAACUCGCACGCAUCCUGCGCCCCCGCUACCGGUCCAUAAAUCCCAACGCGGUCAGCGCCACAGGACCCAACCCAGACCGGGAGAAGGACCCGGAGAAGGAAGGUGUCUAUGAAAAAAACAAUCUUAACUGGACCCAGAAGGUCAUGGCCCACAUCUACGGGCGCCCGGAGUACGACUUCACCCCUGUCGUGGCGCAUUCACGACAUCACACACACCAUCUUUCCCGACACAGCUCCGUAUACCCGCAAGAGUAG